UAUUUACCUGCAUUUCUUCCUGGUUUUAUAGUGUACUUACCUCUAAAUCCUUAAUUCAUGUGGAAUUUAUUUUGGUAUUUCAAAUGAUUCAAGUAUUUAAGUUUAUAUUGUUUCAAAUAUUUAAUUAUUUGUCCUAAUGCUAUUUGGAGGAUAAUCCUUUACCCACAGAUCUUAAAUAUGCCUUUAUUGUGUCCUGAAGUCUUGACAUUAAAAAUAUUUUCAUAUUGAAAGAUUAUAUCAUAUUACUGUACAUUUGCAUAGCUAGAAUGAACUCUGCUUGGUGGAUUUUAUUCGCUAAUGUUUUAUUUAACAUUGAUGUAUCACAGUUUGUAAGUAAGCAUGGUCUGUAGUUGUCUUUAACGUCUUUUGUUUUUUUAAUGAGGGUUAUUCCAGCCCAUUGGCUGCAUUUGAAAAGUCUCCUUCUUAAUGCUCUACAGUAGUUUAUACAAUGUAAGAAUUGUCUGUCUUUUAAUGAUUUGAUAGAACUAUAAUCUAUAACUCUAGUAAGUGGGAUGCCUUUUUCACGAAUUGAUCUUUUACUGAAUGUUAAAUCUCUUAGAAGAUCUAUUCAGGUUUUCUAUUGCUUCUAGAGUUAAUGUUGAUCAUUUACACUUCACAAUAAAGUCUUCCCUUUCAUCCAGAAUUGUCUGGAAAACUAAUGUGCGUCAUGAACCUCUGAGAGUAUUACAUAAAGGUUUUUUAAACUUUCUUGACCAGGAACAUUUUGUUGUUGUUUAACUAAUCCUUUUGUAAGAUGAUUAUUCUGUUACACACUUUGAGAAAUAUUAACAAAAUGUCUUAGAGCAUUCCCUUAAAUUUGUUUUUCAAUUCUCUCCCCUGUACGAAUAAUUGUAUUCCCUUUCUUAUUUGGAAUAUUGUAUAUUGCUUUUUCUUUAUUUUAUACAAUUAGCUUUAAUCUAGGGAUUAGCUUUUCAAUAUGUGUGUUAAUUCUCUUUUUCUAUAAUUCUUUUUCUUUUCUUUUCCCCCUCAAUACAAAAGAAGUUUCAAUCAGGAAGCCACUAAGAAUUUGUUUCAGAAAACCUAAAUGGCUAUACUUUUAAAUAUUUAAAGUGAACACAAAAUGAAAGGAAGCGAGAAGAAUGAGCAGGAAGAAUACAUUAAUGGGAAAUAUUAAAAUGAGAGAGAAGGGAGGAAACCAACACUAGCAAAAGGUAAUCGAUGAGAUAGAUUUUUCCAGAUAUUUUUCCAGUUUUAUUGAGAUACAAUUGACAUACAUCACUGUAUAAAUUUGAGGUGUACAGCAUAAAGGUUUGACUUACAUGUAUUAUGAAAUUAUCACCACAAGGAAUUCAGUUACCAGCCAUCAUUUCAUAAACACAAUAAAAAGAAUUGGAAAAAAAGAAAAAAUUUUCAAUAUCUUAAUGAAGGGUUAAUAUUAUUUACCUUCCAUCAGCUAGUCUUCUAAGUAUGUUAUAACAUCUGAAUUUCAGUUUCCUCACCUGUCAAAUGGACAUUAUUAUAUCUACCAAGUAAAGUUUGGGUGAAAAGUAGAACUGUUGAGUUACCAGUCAGUUUUCCCCAAUAGCUAUGGACUUUUAGUGCCCCUAUAAAAUUUAAAGAAGAGAUAUUUGGGGCUUGCAGAAUCCUAAGCAAUUUCACUGCAUGAUAUGCCACAACAUAUGAAUUUUUAACCCAUAGAUAAAUCUGAAUUAUGAAGCAAAUUCUUACACAAAAAAUCACAAAAAGAUUUUGUGAUCCCUGCAUUAUAAUGAACUAUAUUUAAUUGAUUUCAAAAUACAUUAUUUUUACAUUUUCUUAUCUCCAUAUUCAGAAUGCUCCUUGCAAUUGAUGACGUUUUAGAAUUAUGGUUGACAUUGUUUUUCUUUCCUAGGAAUGCAUAAUGUAAUGCAUAAUGAGGGGUACAUUUUACAGAUGAAGACAUCUUAGAUUCAACAAAAUACUGUAAGAUCUUCAAAUUUAAUUUUUUCAAAUUUAAUGUUCUCUUUCUAGUAAAAUCUACAUGUCUUAGUGAAGUACUAUAAUCAUUAGCAGAGGAAGUAAGUUUUGAUAAUUGUCUUGUCCAAUGGCCUUGUGUGCCUCUGACUCACCUCCAGUAUACUCCUGCCAUUCAGGGUACCAGGCACAUAUCCACACAAACUCAUUCAAAAGCUUUAGAGGAUUACAUACACUAAAAGAGACCUUACAGCUCACAAAUAGCCCAGGUCCCUACCAAGGAGCACAUAAAAAAUGUAAACCUCAGGGGAUAGUACACCAAAGCAAUGAACCAAAACAAGAGGAGUCCUAUGCAGACAUCAAGGUUUUAAACUUCCUUGAUGAAACAGUGUCGUGUUCCUGGUUCAGACUUAAAGGCACAAAUUUUAAUUUAAGGCACUUUUUUUUUAGAGCAGUUUGAGGUUUACAGAAAAAUUGAAAGGAAGAAAGAGAAAUUUCCCAUCAUAGCCUUUUACACUGCCAAGCCCGUCAGCCAGUGAUACAUUCAUUACGAUUGAUGAACCUGCACUGACACAUUAUAAUCACCCAAAGUCCAUAGUUUGUAUUAGGAUUCACUCUUGGUGUCGUAUCUUCUAUGGAGUGAGACAAAAUACAAUGACAUGUAUCCAACAGCGUAGUAUAAAACAGAGUACUUUCAUUGCCCUAAAAGUCCUCUGAAGGCACAGAUUUUAAAAUGUUCAGACAGGGACCCAGCUCCACUCCACUCUAAUUGUUGCAUUCCCUUUAAGACCUCCCUAACACCAAGAACACAAGCUGUUGGGUAAAUACACUGGCCACCAGGAUCAGCCUACAGCACGAGGCAAGCAGGGAUUACUCUGUUCUUUUCCUUUCUCCACCUUAAUACACUGGAGGUGUUAGAAAUCUUGAUGAAAGUGGAAAAGGAAGUGUUCCUUGAAGGGCACCUACAUGUCCUUCGUGAUAAACCAAGGAAGGGGGUCCCACCCCCUCUGCAGACCUCUAAAGCCACUGCUAAAAUAGGGGAAGAGAAAAUACCUUUGUCCUGUUUAUUUUGGGAUCUAGGGCUUGGGAAACAAGUUUAAAGAAGAUCACAAAAGUACAAAUGUUAAUGUAAAAGUAAAUAUGUAAAGAGAGAUGGAAUUCUGUUCAGUGAGUCAAAUAAAUAAUAGAUGAACAGAAAAAUGAAAGAUUGACAGAGAUCUUUAUAACAGCACAACUAGCAAACUAAAUAGGUGGAGAAAUGGGUACUUUAGGCACUAAUGAUAGGAGUACAUAGCCUAUUCUAGAAUAAUCGGGGGUAGCAUAUGAUAAAAUUGAGCAACUGCAUGACCUAUGACUAAAAGAUCUCAGUUCUAGAAAUACGUCUCAGAAAGAUUCUCACACAAUGCCAUAAUAGGAAGUGCCAAUGCUGUUGUUUGUAACAGUGAGAAAUUUGAAGAAAUUAUCUGUCUCUGAGGGGAAAAGUGAAUAUUGUGGAAUUCUAUGGGACAAUAAGAAAAAAAUGAAGUGCAUGUACAUACUGGAACAUGCUGUAUUCUCUUAAGCAGGGCUGACUUGAUGGUUGUGGGAGGUGGGCAACAAACAGCACUGGGCUCUGUGCUGAAAAGGGCCUCAUACUUUACUACUCGGCUGUCAUCAUCUUGAAAUUCUUACUCACUUUUAAACAAAGGGCCCUGCAUGUUCAUUUUGUGCUGGCUAUCACUUAUUAUGCGGUCAGUCCUGUUCACAAGAAUAGUGUGGAGUAAUAAAAGUAGGAAAUAGAAUGAUUUAUUAUGAUACCAUAUGAAAAGGCUAUUUAAUAUACUUUACAGUAUUACAAUGAUGUUUUAGGAUAAAAUGGAGAUUAUGUGGGACUGGAAAUUAGAGACAAAAGUUAAAGUAAAUAAGAAUAAACAAAGCACUACAAAAGUCUUCAAACUGCAAUGAUUUGGAUUUCCUUUGGGUGAAGGAUACACUACAAAAAGCUUUUGGUGAAGAAGUUCACUAUCAACUAUGCAAUACUGGAAAACUGUUCUUGUCCAUUUCUUUUGCCCAAAAAUGUCUGAUUUUCUAGCACAGACUGGAUUUCAGUUGUUUAUAAAUUGCCAACACACAAUCUAUCUUUCCAAUUGGUUUUAUUUUUCUUUUGGAGACUCCAAGUGGCAUGCUAAUAGAAUAUAUUACUUUGUAAGUAGAACUACCUGUUAAAAAGAUGGUAAUAAAGUAAAGUAAAUAAAUCUAUAAGAAUGUUAAAUUAAACUGCUGAAACUGGUGCCAGGUCCCUGUAUCUGGGGAGGUCUCUCUCCAUGCACUAGCAGAAACCUCAAUGGACAGAGUAGGGUUCUUGACUCUGAUCACUCUGAUGGAGAAAUAAAUUCAUGAACAGGUCAGAUGAGUGUAGGUAAAGAAGGAAUUCAUUAAAGCGAGAGUUGAAGUGAAUGGCAGCAGUGACAGAGGAAGCAGAGAGCAAGGAAGGACAGAGAGAGGAAAGGGAAAUUCAUUGAACUCCCACUCAGCAUAAGGCAGAUCCCUCGCCAACUCCUGAAGCCAGGGUCACCUGGCACCCAGUGUCUGCUUUAAUCUGUGUGUCAUGGGAAUUAAGCUCCUAUCACCCCAGGAUUUGGGGGAGCCACAGAGCACUGGAUGGAGUGAGAUUACGUUCUGAGAACUUCCCCAAAGCAAAGAAAGGAGAUUUUCAGGCAGGCUACUAAAGAGCGUGAUUGUACAGCUGCGGGCCACUCUGGGUCACCCAGGUGGCAGGAACUUGCAAGCCCAAAGCAGAGAUCUCUUCCCUACUUGCCUGAAGUAGAAAUGAGAAAAUGUGCCUAAGUCUAGAAAACUGAAUGCUAUCUCUGAUAAGAGAUAUUAUGUCAUUUUCCACAGUCAGUCCUCUAGAUAUUCUAUUAAGAUAAACUUAACCCAAGGGAUUUAUGAUCCUGUUCUUCUCCAAGAUAAUGGUUACCUGCAAGCAGUAGAAAUAUAUUGUUUAGAACUGAUUGCAUUGACUUAAGAUAAGCUGAUCACCAUAAAACGUUAGGAAUCUUGCCUCCUAAGUCCCUGGUUUUUAAAAUGGAAUCUUAGCCUUAAGAUGGAGUCCCUCCUAUUUUUACUAUACUAUUUAUAUCUCAUCACUUUUCAUCAUAGGCAGGAAAAAUUUAUCAUGAUGCUUGUCCCAUGUCCCUGCUCUACCUCAAAACCAUUCUAGUAACAGAAGCAAAACCAAUUCCAACUUUAAUAUUAAAUCAAAUGACUCAAACUGAGACAAUCUAAAAAAAUUGAAGGUAUUUAAAUCAACCUCAUGCCACUAAGUCCUGGCUGCCUGACUAAAACACAAAUUCUGAUACAAAUAUGUUUAACAGCCAUCUUCAACGAUCUGAGUGGAUGUAGAUUAAACCAAUAAUGAAAAUUCAGGAACUAAUUCAGGAUAUACUCUUUCUCUUUUUCAGAUGACUUUUAAGCAUGUAAAAUAUUAGUUUAGGGAUCAUUUUAGAAGUUUAGUUGGUUUAAUUUAGUCAAAUUCGAUCUGUACCUUUUAAUUAUAAAAACAGAAAAUAAGAAUCUACACAAUUCUAAAAUUCCUUACGGAUUACCUAACACCAAAACUCCACCCAGUGCAGAUCCAGGAGCUGCUUAUGUAGUAGGAAAGAGAUUGGUUAGAGAGAAGGAAAAAGCCUGUUUUUUACCUUUAGUUGGCUGGAGAUCUUGAAUGAGAUGUUGUGUUUCUAGACUUCAGUUGAAAGAAAUGGAUACAUUUUGUGAAAUUCCUGCCAGUUCUGAUAUCCAGUUUACGUAACAAGGUAGAGGAAAUUUAGGAAAGACAAAGCAGUAAUUUGGAAUGAACAACAUUACAGAUGUUGCAGCUAGAUGAUGCAGAAGGAUUAAGCAUUUUAUAGAGAUGUUUAUAUGACUGGGUCAUCGCAUCCAUUCUUCAGUGAAAAUUAUUUUAGGAAUGAAGAGUCAAUAUUCGGCUGAGAAGCUUCUGGUCCGUCUAACUCUUGAGGCACAGAACUCUGGGACUGGCUUAGCAGGAGCAAGGAUUUUAGUCCAUUAACACUCUUCUCAUCACUGGUUAAAAAUUCACCUAACAAGUUUGCCUGGGUGGCAUCUUUUGUAUUUGAAGCUAGGAGGAUUAAUCUGUCUUCAGUUGAGAAAUUUCUGGUUGCAACAUCUUCUGGGGUUUUGAACAGAGUGUAUUCCACUGACAGCUGAUUUUAGAAAGAAUCAAUUUGAAGUUCCCAAGACUUGAAGACAGACCGCCAGAGACCUCAGAGAUUGGUAAUGACUACUGAUGUGUUUGCAGAUCACCUGGCUCAUGUUUGAUUAAUUUCCAUAUUAUUCUAAUAAUCUUGGCUGCCAAAUUAUGUAUCCAGAGGAAUAAAGACAAUUUACUGUGGAGGAGCACACCCCAGUAGCACUGAAGGACAUAAAAACAGCUGCAGUAAUACCACUCAGGAAAAUUGGAAGACCCCAAAUGUGGCAGCUUUUGGUAGCAGCAUGCUGGGUACUACUUCUUGGACCUAUAUAUGGUUAUCAGAAGAAAGGAAGCACCACAAAUCCUGAAGCUUAUAUGAAUAUUAGCCAGAUUAUUUCCUACUGGGGUUAUCCUUGUGAAGAGUAUGAUGUUAUCACAACAGAUGGUUAUAUCCUUGGAAUUUACAGGAUUCCUUAUGGAAGAAGAUGUUCCAGAACAGCUCCAAAACCUGUUGUGUAUUUGCAACAUGGUUUAAUUGCAUCUGCCAGUAACUGGAUUUGCAACCUACCCAACAACAGCCUGGCCUUCCUUCUGGCAGAUAGUGGUUAUGAUGUGUGGAUGGGGAACAGCCGGGGAAACACCUGGUCCAGAAAACACUUGAAAUUUUCACCUGAAUCGCCAGAAUACUGGGCCUUCAGUAUGGAUGAGAUGGCUAAAUAUGACCUUCCAGCCACGAUAGAUUUUAUUGUAGAGAAAACUGGACAGGAGCAACUCUACUAUGUGGGCCACUCCCAAGGGACCACGAUCGCUUUCAUAGCAUUCUCCACAAUUCCAGAGCUGGCUAAAAGAAUUAAGAUAUUUUUUGCAUUGGCUCCAAUCAUCACAGUGAAAUAUACCCAAAGUCCUUUGAAAAAAUUAACAGCUCUUUCCAGAAGAAUAGUCAAGGUGUUGCUUGGUGAAAAGAUGUUUUAUCCUCAUACACGUUUUGAGGAAUUCAUUGCCACGAAAGUGUGCAACCGGAAGCUAUUUCGUCGUAUCUGCAGCAACUUCCUGUUUAUUUUGAAUGGAUUUGAUCCAAAAAACUUAAAUAUGAGUCGUUUAGAUGUAUAUUUGGCACAGAUCCCUGCAGGGACAUCUACUCAGAAUAUUCAGCACUGGGCCCAGGCUGCUAAUUCUGGUCUAUUCCAAGCUUUUGAUUGGGGAAACCCUGAUCAGAACAUGAUACACUUCCACCAGCUUACACCUCCUUUCUACAACGUCACUAAAAUGGAUGUUCCAACAGCAGUAUGGAGUGGUGGACAGGACCGUGUGGCUGAUCCCAAGGAUGUUGAGAAUUUACUCCCCAAAAUUACGAGGCUUAUUUAUUACAAGUAUAUUCCACACUACAAUCAUGUAGAUUUUUACCUUGGACAGGAUGCACCCCAGGAAAUUUACGAAGACCUAAUUAGAUUGAUGGAGGAAUGUUUGCAUGAUAGUAAUGUCAUCCACUGACUAAGGUGACCCCUCCAAUAAUUCUUACCCCUUAGUGCUCAUGCGUCUGUGUCAUCUUCCUCCCUGGAGUGUGGGAAGGACCUGAGACUUGCUUCUAGCCAACAGAAUAGGCAAUGGUGAUGGAAUGUCACACUCUUGGUUGGAUUAUGUUGACAGCAAGAUGAUGGGAUGUCACUCCCUGACUACGUUAUAUUAUAUAAGAAUCCGUCUAAGAAGACUGGAGCAAGAGAUACGCUUGUUGGCUUGAUGAGGUAAACAAGUGUGUUGAGGAAGCCACAUGGCAAGUAGCUAUAUGUGGCUUCUACCAUCUGCAGGGGGCCUCCAGAUGAUAGUCAACAAAAAGCUGGGACUCCCAGUCAUAUAACCGCAAAGAGAUAAAUUCUGCCUAAAACCUGAAUGAGUUUGGAAGCCCAUUCUUCCCUAGGUAAACCUCCAGUUGAGAAAGCAGGCUGGCCACACUUUGAUUGCAGCCUGGUGAGACCCUGAGUGGAGGACCUAGCCAUGCCACACCCAGACUACUGACCCAUAGAACCAGUGAUAUAAUAAAUGUAUAUGGUUUUAAACCACUAAGCUUGUGGUACUUUGUUAUCAGCAAUAGUAAAAUAACAGUAUAAUAAUAAUAAACUAUUAGUAUUAUCA